GAAAUGAAAAAAAUAAAAAAUAAACAAGGGGGAAGAAUAGAAUUAGGGAUUUUUUGGCGGUGGUUAUUAGGGCUCCUCCACGACGCGACACACACUCUCUCUCUCACCUUUGACGGCGUUUUCACCACCUCCGCUCCACAUCGAUCUUACGGAAUCGCGAGCGGGGGGUGCUCUAGAUGAGAUGACGGACAAGGAGAUUCGUCCGAUCAAGCUGAAGGCUAGCUGGGCGAUGAAGAAGCAUGAAGAGGGUAACAGCUCCUCCUCCCGGAAAGCUUUGGUUAAAGUCAAGUUAGAGAAGGACAAGCACGUUUCUUCAGAUGACGGCUCAUCGGGUAAAGCCUUGGUUACUGUGAAGUUAGAGAAGGAAGAAUCUGAGGUUCUUGUAGCGAGUGGGGUGAUGAAGAGGAAACGAAUCUCUCGAUUAGUGGAGAAAUCUCGAAGAUUCUCAGCAAAGAGUGAGAGCAGUUUGGAUAAACAGAAGACAUGUCAUCGCAGAGGGAUGACUACUCGUUGGAACACUGAACGGAUUGAUAACGCGGAGCGUGCGUUAUUCGAGAUAUUGAAGGAGAAAGGAGCUUCUUUCGAGCGGCCUGUUCCACGGGCUGAGUUGCGAGUUUCAGCUCGCAGGAGAAUCGGUGAUACUGGGCUGUUGGACCAUUUGUUGAAGCACAUUGAUGGGAACGUUACCCCCGGUGGCGCCGAGCGGUUUAGGAGGUGUCAUAAUACCGAAGGGACCAUGCAGUAUUGGCUAGAGAGUGCUGAUUUGAUCAAAAUCAAGCUUGAGUCUGGGGUUUGUGAUUCUAACUGGGCUCCCCCUUCUUGGUGGAAGCUUCCGAAUGUGAACAAUAUCAUUAAACUUGAACCUGGGGUUCUUGAUCCGUCCGAGUCCCCUGCAAAGCUUAAGGAAGAAAUGGAUAAAAUGAGGAGUGAGAUCAAAGAACUUGUAUCUGAUUUGGCACUAAUUAAACGUGAAUCUGGAAUUCCUGAUCUGGACUCGAUUCCUCUAGCUCAGUGGAAGAUUCAGAGUAUAUCAAAAGAAUCAUCUGCUGUCUCCUCAAAGCUUAGGGAAGAAAUUGAUAAAAUGAAGAGUGAUUUAAAAAAACAUAUAUCCAAGCCAGAAUUACCAAAUAAUGCUGAUGCAAAUGAGAAAUUAAUCAAGGAUUUUAUGAGUUGGAGGGUAAAGACUGAAAAGCAAAUUGCGGAGAUCUCAAAUUCAUUGGCAUCGACACAGUGCAUGGUUAAGGAAUUAGUUUCGUGGAAAGAUAAAGUAGAAAAGCAGCUGGUGGGAAUUGCAAACUCGCAGAACGGUCGGCAGGCAAAUGGGAGCAAUUCCUUCAGUCCAGAUCCUCAAAACUGGGAACAUUUAUUGCAUAGUGCCAACUUGGAUGAUUUUACUGGGGACGGUUUCGAACCAUGGGAUGUUGAUACUGACCUUAUCGAUGCUCUACCAGAGGCAGAGGCUGUCAGGCCGGAUACCUACUUGCUUCCACCAAAUGCUCGCAAAAGCUCUUUACAGGACCAUAUGUGGUUUGAGGAGCAGUCAGUGCUCAACUCCGAAAUGCAGAGGACAGAGAGCUGCAUGACCAGAGGUGAUUCAAGAAGCUCCAAUCAGGACAAGGCUGAGUUGACUCCAGGUUCUUCGAUGACUGCAGGUCCAAGAUCAGAUAUUGAGGACCCAAAUAUUAUUUCUCAGGAAACGUUGAAAGAGUUGGUGAGUUGGAAAGCCAAAGCGGAGCAGCAGCUAAUGGAAAUGUCGGACGCUGUGCGAGCUCUUCAGGGAUAAGAAUCAAACCGAAACAGGCUUUUUACCAUACACACAAGAGAGCAACGUUUGUUUCAUCAUAAUGAUCUCGAUUCACCUACAUAGAAGAAUCCCUUGGAGACUUUGUACAGGGUUUCUGCUAAAAAUUGAACAAAAGAAAGGGAAAAGAAAGAAAGAGGCAGUAGGGAAAUCUGGAAAGUUUUAUUUAGGAAGAGGUAGAAGUGAUCAUCUACAUGAAAAUGAUACCCCCAAGGUAGAGAGAGAGACGCUUUUAAUAGUAGUGGUUGGUCUUGCUGUAUAUUUCCCCUGACCACUCUCUUAUUUAACAAUCAAGUUCUUGAGUAAUUUUUUUCUUUCUCCUUUUUCUAUGAGGUCUCGUAGUAUUUUCUAUCGAGUUCGGAUUAUUGUUACUUGUUAAAUAAUCAAAGUAAAUCAUAUUCC